AAUGCUGCAGUGAAUGUUCUUGUACAUUGUCUCUUUGCACAUGUGAUAAUAUACCAUAUUUAACCUGGAAUUUCUGUUCCUUAAAUAGCUCUUGAACCACUGUUACACAGGUCACAGUGUUGAACGUGUAGCGUCCUGUAUUUAUUUGUAAUGGAAGACAACUGUUGUAAACUUUGGAUCGUAAAGCAGGAUUGAUAUGCAUAUAUGAUAUUGUUCAAAAAUCGUUUUUUUAAUCUUAGCAUCAGGUAUCUGGUAGUAAAAAGCUCAAAGAGGCAGAACUGACAGCAUGUCAAGACUGGUUCCUUCAGCAUUUAGCCUAUUCUUGCCUGGGAUUACAAAUUUUUAAUGCAGUUAAAACAACAAGACAACUGUCUUUUGUUUACCCCUGUUUUUGCAAACUCCGCAUGGGUAAGUUCUCUGUCCAUGGGGAUGAUUUUCUUUUGCUGCCCAAUAGCCAGUGUCUUCACAGACAUGUUUGGAUGUCGGAAGACAGCUGUUGUGGGUGCUGCUGUUGGAUUCAUUGGACUCAUGUCCAGUUCUUUUGUAAGCUCCAUCGAGCCUCUGUACCUGACCUAUGGCAUCAUAUUUGCCUGUGGCUGCUCCUUUGCAUACCAGCCUUCGCUGGUCAUUUUGGGACAUUAUUUCAAGAAGCGCCUUGGACUGGUGAAUGGCAUUGUCACCGCCGGCAGCAGCAUCUUCACAAUUUUGCUGCCUUUCCUUUUAAGGUUCCUGACUGACAAUGUGAGCUUCUUCUACACACUGAGGGUCCUCUGCAUCUUCAUGUUUGUUCUGUUUCUGGCUAGCUUUACUUACCGACCUCUUGCUCCAAAUGCCAAAGAUAAAGAGAGUGGAACAAAAGGAAGCAACAGAUUCUCCCUCUUUUCCAGGAGGAAGUUUAGUCCUCCAAAAAAAGUUUUCAAUUUUGCCAUCUUCAAGGUGACAGCUUAUGCAGUUUGGGCAGUUGGAAUACCACUUGCACUUUUUGGAUAUUUUGUGCCUUAUGUUCACUUGAUGAAACACGUGAAUGAAAGAUUUCAAGAUGGAAAAAAUAAAGAAGUGAUUCUCAUGUGCAUUGGCAUCACUUCAGGAGUCGGACGGCUGCUCUUUGGCCGGAUUGCAGAUUAUGUGCCUGGUGUGAAGAAGGUCUACCUUCAGGUACUCUCCUUUCUCUUCAUUGGUCUGAUGUCCAUGAUGAUUCCCCUGUGUAGGGUCUUUGGGGCCCUCAUUGCUGUCUGUCUCAUCAUGGGUCUCUUCGAUGGAUGCUUCAUUUCCAUUAUGGCCCCCAUUGCCUUUGAAUUAGUUGGUGCCCAGGAUGUUUCUCAAGCAAUUGGAUUUCUACUUGGAUUCAUGUCUAUACCCAUGACGGUGGGACCACCUAUUGCAGGGUUACUUCGUGACAAGCUGGGCUCCUAUGAUGUGGCAUUUUACCUCGCUGGAGUCCCUCCCCUGAUUGGGGGCGCUGUCCUUUGUCUUAUCCCCUGGAUCCACGGGAAGAAGCAGAGAGAGCUUGAUAAAACCACUGGAGGAGAAAAGAUGGAGAAAAUGUUGGAGAACCAGAACUCUCUGCUGUCAAGCUCAUCUGGAAUCUUUAAGAAGGAAUCUGACUCUGUUAUUUAAUGUCUUAUAUACCUCCACCAGACUGGACUUGCUUUCGGAAAUUUAAGCAAGUUUUCCUUUUAUAUGAAUUACAAAUUUCUUAUUUUUUUAAUUACAUCCUAAGAAUAGCACAAUAAUUGGGAACUAGAACCCUUAUUACUACAAGAACCAUUUUCUGCCACUGAAUAGCUGGCUGUCUGAUAUUUCCGUGAGUGUGGGGGCAGAGACGCUGGUGUAUGAAAACUUACGUCAGAAAGUCAAAUAUUGUGAGAAUUGAAGCGAUCUCAGUAAAAAGCAACUUUGGAAACUGUGAAUGCUAAUAAGCUUGUACAAAUAUUUUCAAAUACCUCAAGCUAUAAUGAAAGGGUUGCAAUUUGGUUAGGACUGGAAAUACUGUUUGUUGUCUCCUAUGAGGUUUUAAAUCCUGGUGUCUCUAAUUUCUUCUGUUUGAAAACUUUUUACAAAAUCUAAGCCUGGAUUCUAGACCAUGUGAGAUCUGCCUAAGCCUCAAGUCUCUGUUAAAGUUGCUUGCCUGCUGUUAAAUAAGACAUGAGAUUAACUUAUUCUGACUUGCUCCAGUGUCAGGGGAACUGCUUGGAGCAGAUGGUAACGCUGUGUUCAGAUUCAGUGAUGUGGAAAGGCUACUGUGCAGGAGGGCAGAGCAACUCAGAAGUCAGGCGUUUCUUCCACUUAACGUUUGUUCUCUUUCGGUUUGCAGUGUGUUUUACUCAAGUAGCCAGAAACCUCCCAAAUUUCUGAACUUGUUUAAAGUGUAACAAUAAAUAGAAUGAAUGAAAGA